AUGGCGGGAUCCUCCAACACCCCUCUGUCCGGGACCUCCACCCCGCCCAUCGACCCUCUCUUCCACUCCGACCCGCUUUAUAGCGCUCCUAACCCGGCCAGCUCCCCGCGGCUCCCCGCUGCUCGCCUGUCUGGAGCGUUUCUGAGCGGCGGGAGCGGCAGAGUCCCGCUCAGUGUGAACGGGACGAGAGGCGGCGGUGGCGCGGCUCCACACACCGAGUGUAAGAUGGUGGAGGUCCACGGGGUGAAGGUGGCGUCGUUCACGGUGAACGGCGUGGAGCUGAUCUGCCUGCCGCAGGUGUUCGAGCUGUUCCUGAAGCACCUGGUGGGCGGGCUGCACACCGUCUACACCAAGCUGAAGCGCCUGGACAUCAGCCCGGUGGUCUGCACCGUGGAGCAGGUCCGCGUUCUGCGGGGACUCGGCGCCAUCCAGCCCGGAGUGAACCGCUGCAAGCUCAUCACCAGGGCCGACUUCGAGACGCUGUACCGGGACUGCACCAACGCCAGCUCUCGACCAGGUCGACCUCCGAAGAGGACCCUUGGCGUGGCCACAAUGACUGACGGCUCCAGGCUCCUCCCACACGGUCUGCUAAGCCCCGCCCUGCUCUCACAAACCGGUCUGACGGCAGCAGCGAUGGCGGAGGCUCUGAAGCUGCAGAAGAUGAGGAUGAUGAUGGGUUUCCAUGGAAACAGCAAUCAGCAGCGAUAUCACAACGGAGCCGAGUCUGAGAACGACGACACAGGAGGAAGUGAAGGAUCCUGGGAGAAGGAGCAGCGUCUCCUCCCUCCUCCCUCCUCAGUUGUGGCGCCUCCUGCUGGUUCAGCGUCUCUCCACCUCAGCACUCUGCAGCAACACAGCUCCCUAUUGGCCAACCGUCUGUCCGACAUUCCUUUUAUGGUCAUGCCACACCCUCUUCUCCCUGUGGGCCUGCCCCCUGCCAACGUUGCCAUGGCGAUGAACCAGAUGAGUCAGCUAAGCGGUUUGGCAAACAUGGCCGCCAUGUCUCAGGUCCAGACUGAAGAGGGCAAGGAGUCUCCUCCAGGAAGCCCCUCCCCCUGCCCCUCCCCCAGUGAUGAUGAGCUCCACCCACCGGAACCAACCAGCCAAUCACCUUCGAGAGCAUCUUCAUCAUCGUCAUCAUCACCUCCUCCUGCACACGUACCAGAGCUCGAUAACGUGGUGCCCCUCCCCCUCCUCAAACCGACCUAUGAGAAACUGCCACUCACCUCUCAGUCACUGACAAUCAACCACUCAAACCCCCCCUUCGCCCCAUUUCUAUUGGCUGAGGGUCUGUCGUCCAUGGAGACGCUGCUGACCAACAUACAGGGUCUCCUGAAGGUGGCGGUGGAGAGCGCUCGCUCUCAGGACAAACACAACCAGCUGGAGAGGAAAGAGUUAAAACUGGAGCUGGAGCGAGAAAGAGACGCUCGCCAGGUGCUCCAGAAACAGCUGAGCUCCGAGCUGCAGAGCAGAGUGUCGAUCCAGAGGAGGCUGAAGAAGGAGAAGAAGGCGAAGAGGAAGCUGCAGGAGGCGUUGGACUUUGAGUCGAGGAGGAGGGAGCAGGUGGAGCGAGCGCUCACAGAUGCUGUGACUCCAGAGAGAGAGAACACACACAAGAGAACAGAGUGACCACACCUCCACUCCUCUUCUGAGACCUGACGGAGGGAUGAAGAGGAGG